AAGUGGUACGGUGGUAUAUAUUUAUAACCGAAUACAGGGCCCACGUGUUGUAUCUAAGAUAAACGCAUGGAAAAUCGAAUUUCACACUCUUUGAAGAAUAAAUUAAAAGUGCAGUUCGAUAGACGGAGACGCGCCGAGUCAGGGGUCAAGCUGAAAAGCUUUAAUGCUUGCGUGUUUUGGUUACACGUGUCACAAUAUGUCCUAACUUUAUUUUACUGUAGUAUUUUCAAGGACGGCGUUUGUUGGCAGGUUCUUUAUAAAUCAAGGCUACUUCGGGUUUGUUUAAAACUUCGCUUUUUGUUUUGACUUUUGAAUUACCCUGACCUGUCUAUUAACCAAACUUGGCCGGAUAUAAGACUGCGAUGCUAGCAAACCGGACAGGUGACACGGCUAAAUCGGAAGACGCGACAUAAGCCGUCGGUAUGGUAGCGAAUGUGCCCUCACCGCGUGUCGGACCUUUGAAUCAGAUUCACCUGAGAGAGGCGACGAUGGAGUUUCUGGUGCCAGUUCCACACAACUCUACUCACGCGACUGCGGAGGUCGUGACCGGAGCCACCGCCACGCUGCUGGUCCUGUUGUGCCUGCUGCUCGCCGCUCGGACUCGUGCAUACAAAUCCUCUGUACCAGGUCCUUCCUUCUGCAUGGGGAUCGGCCCCCUUCUUACCUACUGCAGGUUCAUCUGGACGGGAAUAGGGACCGCUUGCAACUACUACAACGAAAAGUAUGGAGAUAUCGUUAGGGUCUGGAUAAACGGCGAAGAGACGCUUAUUAUAAGCAGGUCCUCGGCUGUGUAUCAGGUUUUGAGGAGCGCCCAGUACACCUCCAGGUUCGCCAGUAAACAAGGCCUGCAGUGUAUUGGCAUGUACGAAAGAGGCAUCAUCUUUAACUGCAACGUCACUCACUGGAAAACAUGUCGUGCGUACUUUGCCAAAGCUUUGACAGGUCCCGGACUGCAGCAAACCGCGGACAUCUGUGUCGCGUCUACAAAUAGGCACCUGGACCAGCUGCGGGAUUUCACCGACGCGCAGGGUCACGUGGACACCCUCCACCUGCUGCGCUGCAUCGUUGUGGACGUCUCCAACAACCUCUUCUUGAGGGUUCCGCUCGACGGAAAGGAGCUCCUGUUGAAGAUUCAGAAAUACUUUGACACCUGGCAGACUGUGCUGAUUAAGCCUGCCGUUUUCUUCAAGUUUGAGUGGAUCUAUAAAAAAUAUAAAGACUCCGCACAGGAGCUCCAGGAUGCCAUGGAAAUCCUCGUUGAGAAGAAGCGGACUGCUCUCCUCCGGGCAGAGAAACUGGACGGACUGGAUUUCGCGGCCGACUUGAUAUUUGCGCAGGGUCACGGCGAGCUGUCGGCGGACGACGUCAGACAGUGUGUCCUGGAGAUGGUCAUCGCAGCCCCCGACACCUUAUCGAUCAGCUUGUUCUUCAUGUUGAUGCUGCUGAAGCAGAACCCUGUUGAGGAGCAGAAGGUGCUGGAGGAGGUAGAUAAAGUCGUGGGAGGAAAGGCCUUGGAGAAUGCGGACCUGCAAAGCCUGACGGUGCUCGAGAGCUGUAUCAACGAAUCGCUGCGCUUCCAUCCCGUCGUGGACUUCACGAUGCGCAGGGCUCUGACAGACGACGUCAUCGAGGGCUACAAGGUGGCCAAGGGAACCAACGUCAUUCUCAACGUCGGUCGCAUGCACAAGACGGAAUUCUUCCCCAAACCAAAUGAAUUCAGCUUGGAAAACUUUGAGAAAACUGUGCCCAAGCGCUUCUUCCAACCCUUCGGCUCUGGGCCGCGCUCCUGUGUGGGGAAGCACAUCGCCAUGGUGAUGAUGAAGGCCAUCCUGGCCACGCUGCUGGCGCGCUACACGGUGUGUCCGCGUACAGGCUGCACGCUCAGCAGCAUCCGGCAGACCAACAACAUCUCCCAGCAGCCCGUGGAGGAGGAGCACGACGACAGCCUCAGCAUGCGCUUCCUACCCCGCACCAAGUAGCUGCCCCCCUCCCCGCUUUCAGCUAAGGCUUCCUCUGAGCUCCUGCUUGGACUUUUAUUUGCCUUUUAUAUUGUACAGUCAGUUUUUUUUAAGUGUCUUGUAAAGAUCAUCAUGUAUUUUGUCAGUUUUAUUGGACAUAUCUCAGAACGACUUUCAUAGGAGCAGAAUCACGUGUAGAAGCAUAACCACACAGCCAGCCCUCCGUACAGAUCUGUUACAGCGCUUCUCAUUUUUACUUUAAAAUUCACUGCUUAAGUACUUUGCCUUCUUUUCUACUUCACAAGAUCGAUCCACGAUAAAGAUAAGACUUCUGACAUUUUUUUUCCCUUUCAGCCUCGUUUCUACCUUUUACUCUAGACGGAAGAUGUUGUAAUGUGUAGUUCGUAGAUUCACCAGCAGGUGGUAGUCUAAGAUGGGGCACGUUACAGCACCAGCCUCAAAUAAAAUGAGACGCUAAGCUAAAUACAGCACUGUAUUUAAAAAAAAAAAGCAAAAAAAAAAAAAAAAAAGUGUUUUUAAGUAUGAAAGAUUCGUUCCCCUGGAAAUUUCACCAUCGGUAUAGACAUAAGGGGCCAGGAAGUAAUAAUUUUAAUCUAUCUGUGCACUUAAACAGUUCCACUCUCCUACUAACUGCUGGUAGGGUGGUCCCGUGACUUCCUUCCAUGCUGUUGGCAUGAGGGAAAAGAUUUGUUUGGAACAGACGAAUCGUGAACUGACAGGUAACGUGGAAACCUACAUUAACAAAUACCCUGCAUAAUGUUAGUAAAUGGUCCAGACACCGAUUAACAAAUAAACUAUUCUACUUGCA